GUUACAGAACUCAGCGUGUGGAUAUAUUGACUAAAUAUGGACGCUUUAAUGACGCUAUUCAGGAACUAAAAAAGAUCCAAAAAGGCGGUGGAAAAGCAGGAAGUGACGAAGAAAUUUUGCCAAAGAUUCGGAAAUUGAAAAAACUAAAGGCCUCGGCAAUUGAAGCUGAAGAAUUUUUUCAGCAUGAUGAAGAUUACCAAGGUGCACUUAAAUUACUGGACCCAUUGAUUGUGGCUUCUCCGUGGAACUCUGAAUUUAGAAUUAUGCGUGUUGAGGCCUUGAUCAAGGAAGGCGAAUUGCACGAGGCACUUUUACAUCUGCAGCAGCUGACUAACUUCAUUAACAACAACGAGCACGGAUUUCUGAAGCUGAGUCUGUUGUAUUAUCAGAUGGGAGAUACUGAAUCUAGCUUAGCUAAAAUAAGAGAAUGCCUCAAGUUAGACCAGGACCACAAACAGUGCUUCGCACAAUAUAAAAAAGUAAAGAAAUUAACCAAACUACUGAACGAAGCUCAGCUACACAUCAAAGAAAAAAAAUUUGCCGACUGCAUUCAGAAAUUAAAGUCAGCCUUGGAAACAGAACGCGCUGUGAAGGCAUUCAGACUAAAAAUAAUGCCUGAUAUGUGCAAAUGUCUGUCAAGAACCAACGAUUCAAAGGAUGCGAUUAAAUUCUGCAGUGAGGCUCUAAAAAUCACACCGGAUGACGAAGACGUGCUAAUUGACAGAGCCGAAGCGUACAUAGUUGAAGAGGAGUUUGAAAAUGCUAUUAAAGAUUACGAGACGGCAAUCAAGAAUAACGAGGGAUCCAGGAGACUGAAAGAUGGUCUUACGAGGGCGAAAAAUCUGUUCGAGCGGUGGAAGAAGAGAAGCUACUAUGAGAUACUGGGAGUGAAGACGACAGCCACAACGCAACA